GCUCUGGCCUCCUUUUGUCCCAGUUUUUCAUAUCUGACUUGGCCACCAUAAAAAAAAGAAGGUUCACUCGGUGCUGCAGCAGCAAUGGAGCUGAGGCUUGGUGUUUGUUCGCUCAGACAUGGGGAAUAAACAAACAAUCUUCACAGCACAGCAGCUGGAUGCCUAUCAGGAUUGCACAUACUUUACAAGAAAGGAAAUUCUCAGACUCUUCUACCGCUAUCGGGAUUUGGCCCCGCAGCUCGUUCCUCUUGACUACACCAAGCAGCCAGAUGUGAAGUUACCAUACGAGCUGAUCGGCAGCAUGCCAGAGCUGAAGGACAACCCAUUUCGCCAGAGGAUCGCUGAGGUUUUCUCUGAGGACGGACAGGGAAACAUGACCCUGGACGACUUCUUGGACAUGUUUUCGGUUCUCAGUGAGAUGGCUCCCCGUGACCUCAAGGCCUACUAUGCUUUCAAAAUUUAUGAUUUCAACAACGACGACUUCCUCUGCAAGUCGGACCUGGAGAAGACCCUGAACAAGCUGACUCGUAACGAGCUGACGGAGGAGGAGGUGAGGAUGGUGUGCGAGAAGGUGAUCGAUGAGGCCGACUUGGACAACGAUGGGCGCCUCUCGCUCGAAGACUUCCAGCACAUGAUAGUCAGAGCUCCAGAUUUCCUCAGCACCUUCCACAUAAGGAUUUAAGGAAUUCAUGGGAUUUCAAGAAGAGCCCAAACGAAUGGACUGAAAAUCUUCACAAAGACUUUACAUCUUGUUCAAACCUCUUAAUUUAGGUAAAAGGAGCUUUUUAUUUCUGGUAAGUUCUUGUAGAAAUAAUGCGCUGUUCAAAAAUGGCAUGUCUGAAUAAAAGCAGGAAUCCACUUGGAUGUCUAACAAAACUUUAUUCUCAUCUGACUCCAAUCAGUUUCAGACAGCAUUCAGCACAGCAGUCAGACCUCAGCCUUGAACUAAAACACAAACAAAACAGCCCAGUCUGUCCAGGCUGGAUCUGACAGUGUGUCUGCAAAACACUAACAACUUCCCUAAAUAUGAAUUGACCUUAUAACCUCUCCAGGCUCUUCCUGGUUACACCCCUGAAGGUGGUACCAUUUUACGUCUGACGUAGAACUCAUUUUUUUGUUUAGGCUAGAGAGAGAACACAUGAUAACACAACUCUCAUUCUUUAAACUUAAAGGCUGCAAUGAUCAGGAAGUAUAAAAUACAAAACUGCAUCUUACAUUUAGUUAAUCAUUUACCAAAUUUCCUCCAUUCUCCUAAACCAAGUCAUUUAAACUCAAAACUUGAAUCACAUUCAGAGCUGAUUUAAAUCUACAGAACUAAAAACAGCAGGAGGUUUGGCUAAUCCAUCGAGACAGGCUUCAUUAAUUUUAACCGUCAACAGGAGAUUUGUUUUGUAUCUAAUGGAGUUUGGUUACACUGAGCUAUAAAGGAAACACGUGACAGAAUAUUGGCUCUCAAUGGGCCGAUGAGGGGGUACAGUUUGUCCAGCUGAGGCCCGGGGUCAAAUGAAAGCUGUUGGUCAAUGAAAACACUGAAACAAACUGGAUGGAGGUGUAAAACUGUACUGUUGAACUGGGAACACGUCACCUCUCCCCACACAUUAGGAUUUUUCGACAAAGUUCCCGGAGAGCUGAGAUUGCAGUGUGAACCUUCAGGGGCUUUGAAUUGUUUCUUUUAAAUGAGCCUUUAUUUAACCAGGUAAAUCCCAUUGAGAUCUCAUUUGUAAGGAAGGCCUGAAGGCAGCCUAACAUGCAUCAUUUUUGGUCUGUGUUAGAAAACUGGAGAACAAACUGGAAAACACAUGCAAGCACAAGGAGAACAUGUAAACUCCGCACAGAGAACCCUGGUCUGAUCAGGAGAUUGAAUCCAGGACCUUCUUGCUGUGAGGCAUCUGCGCUAACCACUGAACCAUUGUGCUGCACUGUUUUAUCAAUCAGAGACCUCAUUUAACAAGAAAAAGCUGAAAACAUUCAUUCGUUAUCUUUUACCUGCUUUGUCCUUUCAGGGUCGGUGGGGUGGGGGGUCACACGUUUCUAUAUUCUUGUUUUGUGAAUUGAACUCGUUUCCAUUCAGAUUCCCAGGAUUUAAAGUCUUUUGUGUCAGCUGAGAGCAAACAUGUUCCUCAGUGAAAAUGUGUUGCAUCCUGACCUGUGCUAUUAUAUUACUGUUAUAUUAGGUUUAUAGUAACUAAUUACUUUUACUUUGUUACGGUACUCAAGUAAUU